AUGUCAUGUCCAUCCACGAAUUCAAAUAUAACUGAUACGAGCGAAGAUGUAUUUUUCAGUCCUGAUGGAAUACAUUGGGAUGCACAUCGAAUAGGUUGGGCAGUCGCAGGAGGGUGUGCUGCGCUCACAACACUGAUAACGCUAUUCAAUUUGACAAUGCACGCAAUUCGAUAUCAACAUCCUCCAGCCCAAAGACAAGUAAUGCGAGUCCUGUUGAUGCCUGCUGUAUACUCGAUCGUCUCAUUCUUCUCAUAUAGAUAUUACAGAGAAUAUGAAUAUUACAUAUUAGCAGAGACAGCAUACGAAGCUAUAACGCUAUCUGCUUUCUUGAUGCUGUUGAUGGAAUUGGUAACAAUGGGUACAACAGAUCAAGAUAUCAAAACAGCUUUAGCCGAGAAAGAUAAAAAGAAAUUUCCAUUUCCAUUCAAUUUCUGGCGAUUUCGAGCAUCAAAGCCGUAUUUCUGGCAUGCACUAAGUUUUAGUGUGAUGCAAUAUGUCAUUCUUAGACCUUUGAUCUCAGUAAUCGGAAUUAUAUGCUUGUAUUACGGAGUUCUCUGUCCAGAUGAAUAUUCAAUUCAUUAUGCGGAAGUAUAUCUUGAUGCAGUAGAUUUCGUUUCAAUCUCGAUUGCCCUUUAUGGACUGAUCAUCUUUUACGUCUUAUGUAAAGGUGAAUUAAAAGGCCGUAAACCACUUAGCAAGUUCUUGGCUAUCAAGUUGAUUGUCUUCUUUACAUUCUACCAAAGCUUCCUGUUCUCCAUCUUACAGAGUCACGGUGUUAUCAAAGGUACGGCUUUGUGGACAGCUACAAAUGUCUCGGAUGGUCUAUCGGCCUUGUGUACAUGUGUAGAAAUGGUUUUCUUUAGUAUCUAUAUGGGUUGGGCAUAUAAUUGGACUGAUUACACCGACCCAUUGAAAAAUCCCUAUCAACGUAAAACAGGAUUCAAAACUUAUUGUCAAGCGAUCUGGGAUACAAUCAAUCUAUUAGACUUUUGUGUGGAAAUCUAUUUGGCUUGUAAAUUCUUUGUUGAUUUCAUCAGAGGUAAACCUGGUACUCAUUCUUCUACCAAAAUACAAAGGACAUUCAUGCCUGGGAUGGUCGACGAGAAUGAUGGAGAUAGACCACAAGAACUAUCGAAUCUGAAGACUGGUCAUGCAGCUUUUUCAAAUGGAACUCAAAAUGGUGGUAGUGGAAUAGGGCAUGGAAUUGGACAAGAUAAUUUCACUUCACCACCUAAACCAAUAAGAUCGACAAGUGGAAGUUUUAGUCAUUCGUUGAGAUCACCUGAUUCAUAUCAGAGACUACAAGAAGGUCAAUCAACAUCGACAAAUACAAAUAUGGUUGUAAAUACGAAUAGAAGGAAAGGGUCGACUGGUCCUGGUCAACCUGAUGGCAAUUACCAAUAUAAUUCGCAAGAUGGAUCUUAUAGUUCACCAUUAAGAUCAUCAGGUAUCGAAAGUUAUCAAACAGCUAAUACGCGUUCUCCUGGAACUGGAAAUGGGAAUCAAGGGAAUAUUGCUAGUCCGCACAGUUACCAAUCGAAUACAACGAGUGAAUAUGGUACACCAAGAGGCGGUGAAUCUUUUCCUCAAGCCCAACCAACAGGCUCAAGGACAAAUUCAUCAUCUGGACAAAUGACACAAUGGCCAACGCCUAACUCUCAUACUGUGCCAGCAUCGACUUAUGGAGUAAAUGAAUUGGGUCAAACACAGAACAAUGGCUUGAAUACGCGUUCACAGAAUGGUUGGAGUGAUCAUGCUUUGUCACAAUCUAGGAGAGGAUAUGGUCAAUCCCAUAAUCAAAUACGAAGGGAGGAUCAAGACGCGGAACAAGAACAACAACAACAUCAACAACAAGGUAUACCAGGUAAUCCGAGAUUAUAUUAA